AUGACAAACUUUAGCUCGACAGAUGGGUCGGUUCUGGCAGGGACCCUUUUGACGCCUCGUUCACUCGCCAGCUUUGGCUCUUCGAAUGGAUCAGAAAUUACAGACUACAGUGAUGCAGAGCCGAUUGACGAGACGUACGAAAUGUGCGCCAAGGAGCGUGAGCGUCUUACGACGGUAGCGAAGCGCAUGACAGAGAGUCUUUUGGAAGCCACCGACUUACUCGGUGGAAUUCCGUGGACGUUGGUGCAUGAGAAGCACGGAAUUUCGCUCUUCCAAGCCGACGAUACCAAGCCAGGAACCAAUGUGCCGUGCAAUGUUCACGCGGUGUGCAAGUUUGCUUGCAAUAUCGAUGACGUCGCGGCGUCGCUCAUCACGCCUACGACGGCGUCGUUCAAACGGAUGAUGGGCAUGCUGUCGUCGGACUUCUUGGAUGGAGCAGUGGUGCAGAAUAUUGUAGAGUCCACGCCGACUAACCCACACCGCUACGUUACACUCAAGUGGGCUGCUUUCAAAAGCUCGGGUCCAUUUGCAAAGGAUCGUGACUUGCUCAUGCUCGAGUACGUCGACUUGAUCGAGGAUGCACAGGGGCAGAUGACUGCCUUCCGUAUCAUGGAAUCCGUGGAUACACCAGCAGGUUUUUCGAAGUACGCCGAGUCGCCAAAGUACACGCGUGACCUUGUACCGCUCAUGGGAUUCAUGUAUCACUCGACCAAGAAGCAGGACGAGCUGCGUUUGACCUACACAUGCAACUUUAACAAAAAUGGCAACCUUCCUGCUUGGAUUGCCAGCUCGGCAAUCCAAUCGCACGUGGAAAAGUGCAUCAACGGCAUUCUCAAGUAUACUGAAAACUUUCGAGUAGGUCGUGAAGAGAUCGUGCUCCCUCAACAAGUGGUUCUCAUGAGCGAGCAAGAUCACUGUAGUACUUGCUCCAAGAAGUUUUGUGUACGUCGCCGUCGCUACAACUGCCUCAAAUGUGGAGAAGUGUGUUGCAGCUCAUGUAGCUCGGUGCGUAGUGCACAUGUGCCUGAUAUUGGCGAACGUCAGCUACGCGUAUGCACGACAUGUGUCAUCGAAGCUCGUAGGUUAUCACGCAACCCGGUUGGUGGGGUGGACAAACGUCCCGUUACUCCGUCGUUCCGCUCUAACCGCUCCAACCAUUUCUUUGUCGAUACAAAUGGAAGCCGACGCGUGCUGGGUCGCGCGCAGAGCUUUUCAGUUCGCAGUGGUAAAACAAAGGAGGAAGGACGAAAGCGUCAGUCAUAUGACAAUCUUCUCGACCCCGUGCGCUCUCGACUCAUUGAGUACAAGACAUUCUCGUCAGCUAGUGAGGCUGGUCACAGUGCGAGUACUACGGGCUCAGCCAUUGGUGUACCUAAAGCCAGCUUUCCGGGCCGUUCUUUCAGCGAUGGCCUCGUCAUGCGCAAUAAAGCGUUGUUCGCAGCCAAGCGUCGUGGUAGUCCAGCUGACCUAGCCAUCUCCAUUGAAGCCUUCCGCUUGUAUCAACUGCGCAUGGGCUACACGGAACGCUAUGUUGAGGACGAAUUGGGCGACAACGACAAUACGGACGACGAGUCCAAUACAUCGUCCUCGUCCGUGUCACCCACAUACUCGACCACGACACCAUUGUCGGCGCAGGACCGUACUUCGUCAAAGUAUGUCAAGAAUCUUCGCUCUGGCCGCUCACGCAUCCAGAUUAACCACGAAAGCAAUCAAGAGGUUCCAGCAGAUGACGAGGAGAAGCUCGAGCUAAAUGAAGCAAUGGUACGCGCCAAGAACAUCAUCGUCGCCGCCAAUUAUGCGAACAACUUGGCACAGCAAGCCCGAAAACUAUCGCACCACCGCAUUCUGGCGUUGCAGCAGGAGCAUGAGUUCAUGGCACCCAUGCUACGAAAUGGUGGCAACAACAACUCUAGCAGUAAGAAUAGUCCAGUUGUACGUCGUCGACCUCGUCUUCGUCGUCAUGGUAGCGACUAUGAUGUGACACUGUGCUCGAGCUGA